UGCUCCCCCCCCCCUUCCCCACACAGAUGUCGGCGCUUGUAUUAGAGUAAUUACGGAUCUCUUGCUCCCUUGUGUGCCGGAGCGCAUGCCCUGUUGCCGGGUCACGUGAUGCCUGUCAUGGCCGCCUCCUUGGCCCGGGGCGGUGUUAAUGCCGGGUUCUUGCUACGGGUGGCCAAGGGUUCCUUGUGGAGCCCAUCCGGGGGCUUUUGGGGGUACGGGGGAGCGGUGGCUCCAGCGACAGCGAGAAAAUUCCGGGUGACAGGCUCGGGGUUGGCUGGGGAGGAAGAAGCGAGCGGCCCCGAGCGGCCUGAAGACGUAUUCCACCUGAACCCGGGGCCAUCAUCCAGUACGGCAUCUGCAUCCCCAUUUGUCCUCAGGGUGAACGUGGUGUUCGUAGACCGGUCAGGCCAACGGAUUCCGGUGAGAGGCAAAGUCGGGGACAAUGUUCUCCACCUGGCCCAGCGCCAUGGGGUGGACCUGGAAGGGGCCUGUGAAGCUUCCCUGGCAUGCUCUACCUGCCACGUGUAUGUGAGUGAGGACCACCUGGACCUUCUGCCUUCUCCUGAUGAGAGGGAGGAUGACAUGCUGGACAUGGCCCCCCUCCUCCAGGAGAACUCCAGGCUAGGCUGCCAGAUCAUGCUGACACCUGAGCUGGAAGGGGCUGAAUUCACCCUGCCCAAGAUCACCAGGAACUUCUACGUGGACGGCCAUGUCCCCAAGCCUCACUGAUAUGGGCAGUUGGACUAUCGCAGACACCCUUGGCCCCAGGGCCACGACUGGAGGAAUAGCCAAGUUGCCAGCCCAGCCCAGAGCACGGACAGGCACGAGAGAUGUUAGAAGCACCAAGAAGGCCAAAUGCUUCAGAGAGAUCCCAUGUCCAGGCUCUGGUGGAGACAGGGCCCCUACUGGGGUGACCUCUCCAAGCCGCUGAGAAUUUGGGUGCGGCUAGGGUUGGAAUCUUAAUUAGACAAUAAAAACCAUCUUACAGAA